AAUAAAGUGUGUUAAAAUAUCACACAAGAUGACAUGUUUAAGACAGGCUAGAGAAACGAUAUGUGUUACGAAAAUUGAACAGUUAACAAUUUAAAUAUUAAUCAAAAGCCAUGGGGAUGACUGUUGUGGAUUUAUUCAAACUUUUAUGGAAUUAUUCUUUCGGAUUAAUCUUCACAUAUUUGAUUAGCCUACUUGGAUAUGACAGCAGUGGCACCACAACAGUACAGCAAAAGACACCAGCUGUCCGUAGUCAGGAAUCAUCCAAAGAGAAAUCCAGUGAUAAGCUUUCCCAUCAAAGUGUCUCUAGUCUUGGUACAAAAACCAUACAAAACGAUAAACCAGUCUCGAAACAGGAAGUUCAGUCUGUGUACCAGUCAAGAGAACGAUUUGAUAAAAAACAAAACGAAAAUGAAUACCAGUCAAGUAGUGCUUCGGGAAUUCAAAAAUCUUCAACGUCAGUUUCGGAAAUGCUUUAUAGCGCGAAUAUUCACAGGAAUGUUUCCGAUAAUGCUGCAAACAUCAGUCAGACCGAGUUAACGAGUGGGAUGACGUCAGAUGCGUCGGAUUUUUCCGAAAGACGGAGGUUCGUCACACGUGAAACUGAUGCUCAUAGACUCGGGACGGACAGUGAUCAAAGUGCAUCGUCAUCGGCUAUGAGCGAGGGAAGUCGCAAAAGACGUAAAGACAAAAGUUCAAUGCGUAAAUCAAAACUGAAUGAAUCCAGUGAAGAUGCAGCAUCGUCUGGAAGACGUUUUGAUAGCUCUGACGACAGUUCUAAGGCGUCGAGAGUUGGUGUACGACGUGUCUCGUCAUCUAGGCUCUCCAGAGAGUCAAGGGAAGAUAAAUACAAGGGAGAGCAGCAGGAGGUUUUUGAAGCCUUGAAGAGACAUGACCUUGAAAUUUCAUUAACUAAACCAGGAACCAGUCAUUUAUCCUCAUAUGGGAACCAGUCCACAGACAAGCAUGCUAUUAACACUGAUCAUAAGCAUCUGAAUAACAUUGAAUCACCUCGAUUUGCAAACAAGUCUGUUUUAGAUAGUAAUUCUGUUCUCCCAUCAAGAUUUGCUUUGCCUUCGAAAGUCUCUGCUGCCAUAUCCAAACUGACGGAAUCUUCUGACAAAACUUCCCAAGAAGGUUCGUCUAAGAAAACAGAGGAAAGUCAUUCUCCAAAGCGAAUACGCAGAGGGAAUAAUUUCUCCCAACUUUUACAAAAAUUUUCUGGUUCCGAAGCUUCAAGUUCCGAAAGAUCCGACUCUGAAUCUCCAAGGAGGAAUAAAAUAUUCUUAAAACGCCAACAAGCAUGUGCAGUGAGUAGUGGUAGUAGUGAUGAGACUAGAAGAACUCCAGAACGCACUCAGAGCUUAAAACUACGUAAUAAAGAAUCUCCAGUCAUGGAGAAAGAGUCGGUCAGUUCAGUUCAGCGUUCAUCAAGUUUUAAAUCGGAUUUUAUGAAGCGAAAGUUCAGUCCAGAGCCUGAUAACAGGAGAAGACUGCCAAGUACUCCAAAUGAACAAUCUGAUCAACCUUCGCCUGAACUUGCUAAAGUUUUAAGCAAAAGAAAUGAAAUUGUUGCAAAGCAACAAGAAGAUGGAGAAGGUUUAGAAAGGCAAAGGAUUCAUGAUGGUAGGGUUGAGAAAUCUGACAGGCAUUAUGCAGCUGUGGAUGAUGAAGUUAUAGCAGAUUCUGAAGUUCUUAAAAUGUUAAAAUCCAGAAGGAAAGAAACUGAUUCUUCUAUAGAAGCUUCAUCUGUCUCAGAGAGUGAUAAUAAGUCUCAAAAAUUAACUUCUAAUGUUGAAAGUGCCUUUAAAUCUGACACAAGAACUCAGCUGUUUUCUCUAUCACCUCAUUCGUCUUUGGAAAGUGGUAAAGAAAGAGGGAGGUUGCAAUCUCAGUCUUCUGUAGAAAGUAAACUUACAGUCAAUUUAACUACAACAGGAAAGGAGAAAAGUUCUCUCCCUGCCUCUAACAGUGAUAAAUCAGAAAGUGCCAAAUUAAAAUCUGAUGUCCCUCAUUUAGAUCUCGCUUCAAUAGACACAAGUUUAGACGUUCUUAAAUCUGUUACUGAUGAUUUAGAUGAUACAAAACAUUCCAGUGAUAAAUUCAGUUCAGAUCUAUCACAUUUAAAAGUCACUUCUCCGACCCAAGUUGCCACAUUUAUUAAAUCAGUAGAAAGUGAUAGUAACAGUCAGUCAGAAGCUAAAAUGAAAUCUAUUCAUACCAGAAUUGAGGCAGAAGAACAAAAAUUUGCCAGAAGUACAGCAAUUGAAACUAAAGCUGAAACUGUUCAGAGGCCUUCUUCACCAACCUCCCCAUCCCAAGGCAGUAUUAACAUUACAAGCAAGAGUGAGAUAAUGAGGAAGAUCUCAACAAAAGAAAGAACUCCAGAAAGGCAAAGUCCUAAAAGAUCUGGACCUAUGAAAGUGACAACACCAUUGAAUGCCUCUGGCUCAGGACUGACAAGGACGGAAUCAGUUGGUCGUACAGAGUCAGAGAGACCAAAGGGUAUUUUGAAGAGGACACCUUCAUUGAAGCAGAGUGGCGUUAUCGUAGAUCCAGAAUUAGCUGAGGUGUUGAAGUCAAGGCGACAGAGACAUGAUGAGGUGGAUGAGGAAGAAGAAGAGCAAAAACUUACAGCACAAGAAGAGAUACAAAAAGCCAGAAACAAGCCAAUCAAAAGAGAAGAAGCUCAACAGAAAGAUGAUGCUCCAAAAGAAAGGGAAGUUUCUGUGGCUGAGAGAAUCUUUCAGAUGCACACAAAGAUUGAGGAAGUAAAGUCAUGUCCGAUAACUCCAAAAGCCCGAUCAGGAUUUACAACACCAAAAUCAUCAGCUCUACAAAGAGCCUAA